CUUGGAGCGAGGCUGGACGCUCUCGACGUCUGCAGCCUCUGGUGCCGACGCCUGGAAAAGAGUUGAGGCUGGCCAACCGCGGACUUACACGCACACAAGUCCAACAGACCCUGACGGGCAAGUGGUCAGCUAGUUCACCAUCGUCGUCGACGUCGGCCAUGGCUCCAAAGCAGCAGUGCGCCAAAUACGAGUACGUCGUUACGCCAACGGGCUCCAAGAUUCUCCCCGUCGAGGAGCCUACCGAGCCGCAUUCCAAGGACGAGGAGAGCCCGGCGGAUUACAACUCGGGUGGCUACCUUCAAGUUCAAGUGAACGAUACCUUCAAGAAUGGUCGUUAUCGCGUCGUCAGGAAGCUCGGAUGGGGACACUUUUCGACGGUCUGGCUCGUUAAGGACACUCAAACGAAGUGCCAUUCCGCUCUUAAAGUCGUCAAGUCCGCUGGUCGCUACGCCGAGACUGCACGCGACGAGAUCAAGCUGCUAUCCCGAGUGGCCUCUGUCUCCCCUUCGCACCCCGGGCGGGAGCACAUCGUCUCCUUCCUCGACUCCUUCACUCAUCAAGGACCCGAGGCUUCCCAUAUCUGCAUCGUGUUUGAGCCUUUGGGCGAGAACCUGCUGGCGCUCAUCGAGAGGAACAAGAAGAAGGGUGUGCCCCGCGCGCUUGUCAAGAUCAUCGCCAGGCAGGCCCUCCUCGGCUUGCAGUACCUCCAUGACGAGUGCGAUCUCGUUCAUACCGAUAUCAAACCGGAGAACAUUCUGAUCUCCAUACCGGAUGUCGAGGCGCACAUUCAAUCAGAACUCUGUCAAUCACCAACGCCGACCUCGCGCCGUGUAGGCGUGCCUCAUCCAACCAAGUCGCGGGCUGGCGUUACGAUCCCAACCGCUCAGCGUCCGCGGCGGCAGGUGCAGAUCUUUGACUCGCAGCCUCUCUCCAGCCCGAGGAGCCCAAGCGUAGGCUUUGGUUUCAACAGCUCGAGCAGCAGCCUCAGCAGCGGCUUCAAGUCGCGUUUACACAGCGGCGUUCCGUCGGCCAGUUCCAGUUACGGUGCCAGCAUCCCAAAGGUGCCUAGCGGUCUGUCCAUGUCGGCUCCGAAGAAAGAGAAGGACGUGGUCAAGAAGCUCACCGCGCAGGCACCGAAGCCGGUAUCGCCAUCUGCGUCCUCUUCAUCUUCAUCGGCUUCGUCUAUAUCGGCAUCCACCGGCGAAUCCAGGAGCACAUUCAGCACCCCACCGACGUCACUCUCCCAGUCUAUCGGGAGUGCCAUCGCCGGCAUCCUCGGUGCAACGAUCAAGGAGGAAGACGAAAGCAAGGAACGAGUGGGCAUUCCCGUUAAGGGCAAGGGCAAGGCGACCAUCGAGAGCGAACUCGAGAGCGCCAUGUCCACCUCAUGGAAAGGCAGCCCGAAGGACAAGAUUUCUUCGUCUCUCAAGUCCAACAAGUCUGGACCGCGUCCAACCGGGACACAUUCUCGGUCGCAGUCGGGCUUUUCCUCCAGCUCAUGGCAGGAUCCUGGUAUGGCUGCGCCAGCGCCGGCAGUAGUCGUCUCCACCGUUGUCGCCGCGACGGGCGAGGAGGAUCCCUACGACUACUUCGACCUUACGCGACCCAGGAUGACCACCAUUUCCGGUGCUACGAGCUCGCGGACCACCUCCGAGCGCUCUAGCAUCACCACCAAGGCUUCCCCUUCACAGACCCCACAGCCGGUGUCGGGGAGCCGGGUUGCUCAGAGCGACGCUACUUCGGUCGAGGGCGAGCCAGCCGGCAAGCCCUUCCGCAAGUCGCCUCUGAACCCCAUUGUUAAUACGGCACCGUCACUCCUUACCCAAACCGCUCCCUGUUGUGCCUCGCCCCCAUUGGCAUCGCCGUCUAACGACGCCGCCAUGCAGCAUCUCAACAACCGCCUCUCGCCGCCGCAGCAUAUGUCCGCGCUUACUGCACAUAUGCACGCGCACCCGCCACCUGACUUUGGCUCGCCAUGCAGCUUCCCGAGCCCUCUGCGCCUCAGCACUAACGCUGCUUCGUCGCCGUCUUCAUUACCAACCCCGACGGCAACGUCUCCUGAGCUGACAGGCCCGACUACGUCGCCCACUGGUUGCCCGCAGUCGCCCACGCCCACGAAGCCGGGCGCGCAGAAGAUACCGACGCGUCCAUCGCUCGAGACCGAGCUGGAGCAGGUGGAGGAGUUCUGCGGUCCGCCCAUAUCGAUUAAGAUCGCCGAUUUGGGCAACGCGACGCCGUCGAAGAAGCAUUACACGGAAGACAUUCAGACGCGUCAAUAUCGUGCCCCCGAAGCCAUCGUCGGCAGGAAGGACUGGGACACGAGGGCAGACAUCUGGAGCAUCGCCUGUGUGGUCUUCGAGCUCCUUACGGCCGAGUAUCUGUUCGAUCCUCAGAGCCAGGGCGAGCUAUUCACGAAGGACGACGAUCACAUGGCUCAGAUCAUCGAGCUCUUGGGCGACUUUGAGCUCGAGGCCAAGAUGGGUGGCAAGUACAGUCGUGAUCUGUUCGACCACAAUGGUCAUCUACGUUACAUCAAGACGCUUAAGCCAUGGCCGCUCAAGUCCGUUAUGAUGCAGAAAUAUCUGUAUAGCGAGGCCGAUGCAGACGCCCUUUGCGAUUUCUUGCUCCCUAUGCUCGUCCCUGAUUUCCACAAGCGUGCUCGCGCCUCCGACAUGAUCGACCACCCAUGGUUGACCGUGACGCCCGCGGACGAAGUGGUUGGCGAAUGGUAAUUCACCUUCGCCGUACAUGCGUAUGUUUAUAUCUCAAGCUCUCCUCUGUGUAUAUGUUCUCGCGUCCGGCAUUCCCUCGUUUUCGUCACUCCUUUAUCUCCUCUGCAUACCAUGCUACUCAUUAGAUUCCUAGAGGGAUGGACCUUGUUACAUGCAUCUAGUAUUCUAGACUUUAGAUGGCGUAGAGCUAGGUGGUCGCGCCGUUAUACAGUGUGGCGGCCCUUUUAUCUUAUUUUUCUUAUUCCUUGUCUUACGUGUUGUUGUAGUUGCCUUGCUAUAUGGCUAAUGUUACAUGUCUCUGGGUCUCUUACGCUCGUCCCUCCGGCAAGAGCCUCGUGUAGACGGUGAGGAU